CGCUCUCUCUAUCUCUCUCUGUGCAAUGUGCAUCGUCCUCAGCUUCGUCCUCCCCUAAGUCCUAAGCACAUUUCGAUGGCCGACGGAGGCCUCACCGUCUUCGACGGUUCGCUUCUCCGGGAAGCUACCGUCUCAGCCGACUCGCUCUUCUCCGCCUCGGGCGACGGCGAUCCCACCACGAUCGACGGGGCUCACCUCCUUUCCGAGGCGGAGUCCGUCGCGUCGUCUCUCCUCCUCGGCCUCUCCUUGCCUGAGAAUCUCAAGGCCGCCACCCUCAGGCGGCUCGGUUUCGACGAACUAAGCUUCCGGUCGCUUCAUUUCAACCGAGAAUCGGCUUCCGAGACGCUCCGGAAGUACGUCGCUGCUGUCGCCGACGAGCUAAGAGAUGAUCCUUUUGUUGUAUCUGUUCUGGAUGGAAGCAUUAUUCGCAUGCUUUUAGAGGAUGAAGAUGAUUUUGCUAUGUUAGCAGAGAAUUUAUUCACUGAAUUGGACAGAGAUGAUACUGGCAAGCUUUGUAAAAGCGAAACGAGAAAUGCUCUUGCGCAGAUGGGAGUUGAAAUGGGGGUUCCUUCUCCAUCAGAUGUUUCUCUUCUUGCUCUUUUAGUUAAUGCAAAGUCUGAUGAUCUCCUUGAUGACAUCCUGAGAAAACAUGGAGCUGAGGGUGAAGAGUUGUUAGGUCAAGCUCAGUUUGCAAACCUUCUUCAGGCUGUUCUUCAAAGCCUUGCAGAUGCACUAGGCCUGAAGCCUAUCGUAGUGAUCCAAGACAUCAAGGUCAUCAAUGGGUCAAAGAUAAGACAGAUUUUGGCUAAUGAAGAGCUUCUACUUGAUACAAUUGAUCGCAUAUUUGACAAGCAAACUGCCAGUGAACUGGAUGGUGGUAGCAUUAGGAAGUUUAGAGCAUUGCUUGAAAAAGAUGGGACAGAAUUUGGGUUGCCUUUGGCAGGAUCGAAUGAAGCACUUGUCCUGCUCUAUGAUCAGGUAUUUGGCAGUCUUGAUAUACAGAAUGAUGAGGAACUCGACAAGGAGGCAUUUGGUUCUGCUGUGAAGCAGAUUCUUCAGGAAAUAUUGAAUCAAAUGGAAUCUAACCCGGUAUUCCAUGAACCGGAGGGGAAUUGAUACCCUGUGUGACGCAUCUUGCUAUAUCUUUUUUCUUUACUCCUUUUCUACCUUUCAGGAAACUUGAAGUUUCACCUCACAUAAAUUUUAGCAAUCUGAAUCAUGGAGCAUAGCAUGAAAAGCAGCUUCAUACGGCCAGUUGUGCAAAGCAAAUUGUAUUUUGACAAUUUCUAGAUGAAUUCCUCCAUGAUGUCAUACCUUUUGCUGACGUCAUGUGUAAAUUUCCUAAGUGUAAUAUGCACAUGCACUUCUCCUUUCCUUGCUUCAUAUAGGCGACUGUUGCUGCUUGAUAUCCAUUUCAUGUGUCAUGAAUAUUGAUAUUCCCAUUCUUGCUGUGACUUUGUAAAUUCUCCUCUUGUGCAUUUUUCA